AUGAUGGUCGUCACUGAACUGGAGGAGCCCUUCCUGCCCCUGCCCGAUGACAUGCUGGUCAACCUGAGCGAAAGCCGCGAGGUGGUUGACGCGCUGCUGGACUCGCUGCCGGGCAACUGGCCCAACGCCAACAUGCAGCUGCCCGACAGCGCCACCGGGCCCGCCCUGCAGGCUGCCUUCAUGGUGAUGGGCCACCUGGGCGGCAAGAUGCUGCUGUUCCAGGGCAGCGCGCCCUCCCUGGGGCCCGGCAAGUUCAAGGCGCGCGAGGCGCUGGCCGCGUACGGCACAGAGCGCGAGGCGGCGCUGCGCAACCCCGAGGACCCUUUCUUCAAGAGGUUUGCAGCGGAGGCCAGCCGGCAGCAGAUCAGCCUGGAUGUGUUCUGCGCUGCCCCUGGGCCCGUGGACCUGGCCUCCCUCGCGGCCAUACCGCGCUUCACCUGCGGCGAGGUCUACUACUACCCGGGCUUCUAUGCGGCGCGCGACGGCCCCCGCCUGUCCGCUGACAUCACCCACAACCUCACGCGCCCCACCGCCUGGGAGGCCGUCAUGCGCAUCCGCUGCAGCCGCCUGCCCCAGACAUUCCAGUCACCGCCCCAUGCCCGCCCUUCCUAUUCCGUCACAGACUAG